GCGCAGUGAACGAGGCAAAAACAGUACCACAAGCUGGAACUAAGCAGGAGCAGCAUCUGGAGAGUCCACAUUGUGCGCACAACCUGCGAUAUUAAGACAGCAGAUUUAGGAGGUGUGUGUGUGUGUGUGUGUGUGCCGGAGUGUGUGAAAGAGAGUGCGUAAAGGAAAGGGAUUUAAUAAGGCUGCCCCCCCACCCCCUGUCAGGCACCAAUUCAUUUAUCGGGGAGUAAAACAGUAAAAGGGAGGGAGGACAGAGAGGAGUCAGUGGAGAUUGUGGCAGCUCUGGAGAGCUGUCACUUUCUGUGUGUGUCCGUGUGCGCGGAGAGGGAUUAUCAGUACGCACGUUACACGGAGCGCAGUUUUGGUGAUGCGUUCAGUCGGGAGAUGUGCAGCGCGGAGCAGUGAGCGUCAACCAGGGCAUUCAGCGGCAUAAUCGGCGCAAUAUUAGAAGAAGGGGAUCCGGCUGAUUUUAUUUGGAGAGGAGGGGGUCACCGGGAUUUUCCUCACUGUUUGUUUUUUGUGAUUUGGUGCAGAGAAAGUGAAAGAUGCGCACCACUAAACAAAGGAUUUAGAGGGAAAACGAUCAAGAAUCGCUCCCAUAUUUUAAUCCUGUCACCCCGGUGUGUUCCGUCUCCACCGUUUUGGACUUGUCAUUCAUGCCCAUUCAGCCUCUGAUGACAACCGACACGGGCUGAAGAAUAACCGGAUUCCCUUCUGGAGCGAGAGGAAUCAUCUGGGCUGAUCGCGUACAGCUCCAUGUGGAUGGAGAGAGAAUACGCAAACGCAGCGAGUGGAGCUGUCUCCGAAAUGUGACAUUUUUUCUUUUUUACUCAGUCUCCCAUCGUACCUGACAACUGUGCAUCCGCCUUCGCCCUCGAUCGGAUUUGUUUACAUCGAUUAAGAGAUGGCGUUCCUCCCCGUCCUCCUCCUGCUGCUGCUGACUGUUGCUCAUCGCGCCACCAGUGAAUCUGAGGCUUCCCCAACAGGCUGCGGCUGGGGCAUUGUGCGUCCCUACACCCUGCUCUGUGACCUGGACUCAAUAUGGGGUGUGGCUGUCGAGUCAGUGGCUGCCGGUGGGGCACUGACUGCAAUCUUGCUUGCCCUAGUCCUGCUGUGCCGUUUGCACCACAUUAGUGAGGCUGAGAAGCGCAGCGGUGUGGGACCCAUCCUCCUGCUGCUACUCGGCACCCUUGGCUUAUUCGGCCUGAGCUUUGCUUACCUGAUCGAGCAGGAUGAGUGUUUAUGUUUGCUCCGCAGGGCCCUAUGGGGUCUCCUGUUUGCAGUCUGCUUCUCCUGCCUGCUGGUUCAGGGCAUCCGCCUGCGCAGGCUUGGCCGUGAACGCCGAAGCCCUGGUGGCUGCGCCCUAACAGGCCUUGCACUGGGUUUGAGUGCUGUGCAGGGAAUCAUCGCUGCCGAAUGGCUGCUCCUGACCGUGCUGAGGGAGGGACGAGCUGCCUGUCAGUAUCUACCACUGGACUUCUCACUAGCCUGCAGCUAUGUGCUGGCCCUCCUACUUGCCGCCCUGACUGCUGCAUCCCUGGCUCUUUGUGGGAAGACACGUCAGUGGCGCUGCAAUGCCGUCUGGCUGCUGGUGACAUGCCUGCUGUCCGUGCUGCUGUGGGUGGCCUGGGUAGGCUUCUAUCUGUAUGGCAACGCCUGGCUGGGGAGGUCUCCGGAGUGGAACGAUGCCACACUGGCUAUUGCUUUAGUGGCUCAGGGCUGGCUGCUGUUGAUCUUCCACGCCAUUCCUGAAUCCCACAUCUGCCUGAGACCCCCUCCACAGCCCACUGCCCCGGAUUACUUUGACACCUCCCAGAACUCGACACGCAUGAGGGAGACCAGCUUCGAUGAAGACAUCCCGCUCUCUCACAGGCAGUUUGUGGAGAACCAGGGCUACGGAUACAACGAUGAGAACACUGCAGGGUUAAGGAGCAGUAGCAGUGCUGGGCAACAUAACAGUAACACCGGCGCCAGGCCCAGCGCUCCUUUCCGCAGCAACGUUUACCAGCCCACCGAGAUGACCAUGAUCCUGAACGGGGGAGCGGUGAGUACAUCCGCCCAGUCACAGGUGCCCUCUGCUCCUCCAACCUACACGGGGCGGCAGCUGUGGUGAGCGAGAGGAUUGAAAAGAUGUGUGGUAAAAAACGAAGAGAAGAAGAGGAUGGAGAGGAUGGAGAGGAUGAAAAAGAAGGAGGGGGGGUGGGGGGGUCCAGGACGAAUGGCCCGCUGGGAUAAAUUGGACUUUCACUACAGACUUAAACACUGACCGUGUGCCAAUCAACCAUAGUAUGAGUGUGUGUGAGAAAGUAGGGUAUGGAGGACAGAGCUAAAGCUCUUCUAGCACACAAAUCUCUAUGGAAGAGUUGAAAACUCGACCAGCAAGUAGCAAAAACAAAACACACGCUGACUCAUAUCCAAAAAAAUAAAUCAACAUGCAGUAUUCUUUUUUUUUUUGUUUUGUUUUGUUUGAUUUGCUCCCCUGAGACUACAGCACUGUAAGCAUCCUUGAAAACUGUGAAAUCUAUCGCUUUUUCCUACUAUGUCUCUCUUUCCUGUCAGUCAGGAUGUCUUUUCCGCUGCUCAUCACAAUGCUGGCGCUCAAGUGGAAACAUUUGGCUCUGUCCUCCAUCCAACCAACCACAGCAUAGGUGAAACACAGAGCAUAGAGCACAUGGGCAACUGUACAGCUCGAGCACCGCCCUCUUAAAAAUAAUCCAACCUCUGUGGGUAUGUAUGUAGAGUAUAUAAGAGGAAAAAAAACAGUCUGCGUGUAUUCCCUACAUCUCAACUCCAACACUCCCAACAAACCUUCCUUUUUCAGACUGUUACACCUCAGCUUCACCCUUGAACAACGUCUCCUCUCUCCCUCUCCAUCGCUGUUGGCGGUUUGCGUUUCUCUGCGACGUCUGUGAAUAUAACACAUAACUCUUCUCACCUUGCCUCAUCCUCCCACCUGCAUGGACACUUUGCAAAAUGCGAAAAAAAACUGUGAAGGCCGAAUUACGGUCUGUAAAGAUGUUCCCAGUGACCGCAGACACAACAAAAGCAGCCCGAACAGAGGGAUCACAAGCUGCUGAUGAACUGCUGUUAGAUAUAUAUAUGAAAAUAUAAAGGAGCGCUGUGGAUUCUGAUUGGAUGAGGAGGGUGUCAAUCAUCAGUGGGUAGGCACAGCUUCAUGAAUCUAGGUCAGACUACUGUGUGCUGCUCUCCCACAUCUCCGGUGGCCACUGGCAGUUUGAACCAGCCAGAAGAAACUGUCACUUUAUAUCAGCAGGAAACGGAGCGAGGAAAUGAAAUGGUCUCCUGUUCUUAGUUCCUCUAUCUGUGUUUUAUGUGUGCGUAUGUUGGGUGUUGUGAUCUUAUGAGUGUCGGGGGUUGGAAUUCAAAGUCAAGGUUGCUUUGUGGUGCUAAAUAUUCCUCCACAUGACUUCUCAGUGAGGCACAGAACCACAGGACGAUGCAGAUACAGCAGUCAAGCUGUGAGUGACAGACUAUAUAGCUGUGUGUGCCUGUGUGUGGAGAUAUCCUAGAGCCUUAGAAAGAUCAGAUUUACAGUUCAAGGUAGAAAGAGGGAGAUCAAAUGGAUGGGAAGAGCGAGGAGGAAGGAGAUAGCGAGAGGCGAGGCGGUCCGAGGGGAAUGAAAUCCCUGCGACUUCCUUCAGUUUAGACCUAUCUGUUUGAGAAAAUGGCUCCCUGGUCUGUUUGUGUGUGUGUGUUUGUGUGUAAUGCGGGGGCGGCCCAUGCUCGCUCUGCUGUGUGUGGUUGUCUUCUUCAUCUGGUGAAGCGUCUCUUCCCCCUUCCUCCUCCACCUCCUCUUCAUCCAGCUCCUGCCUCUCUGUGGUCGGCUAUAGCUCAAGUCUCCGUGCCAAGAGGGACUCUUGUUUCACUGGAGUCUCCGUUUCACGCCCUUUCCCUUCAUCGUGACACCAGCUCUCUCUCUCUUCACCUGAGAAGCUGUGUACAUAGUAGUGCUGUAAAGCUUUGCUUGCUUGUUUACUUUUUUUUUUUUUUUUUUUAACUGUAGGCUGAUUUUAGACACCAGUGUCAUAUGACUGACUACUGCAAACUGUUUCUAUCUGGGGAUUUUUUUUUUUUUUAAACUGGUUUGCUUUGUGUUCAUACAUUUGCUUGUUGUUACAUUAUGCUUUUAUUUUUUCUCUUGCUGGUGUCUUUUAUUUUUUUAAACUAGUAUUUUGGAUCUAUUUUGCCAACACUAGAUAUGCUUUUAUUUUGUUUUUAUUGUUUGAUUAAUGUUCAAGGAAGUGAUCUGAGUUGUCAUCUAUGGGGAUUUACAUUGGUUGAACCUUCUGCACAGUAUUCUCACUCAAGACGGUGUUCCACACUUUGCUGUAACAGUUAUGGGGAAACAAACAUAAAAAUACAAUAGCUGUGAAUAACUUUUGGCACUUCAUGCAGUAAACAAAGAUAAUUAUAAUAUAUACAACAA